AUGGCAUCCACAUUCGAUGGCCUGCCCCCCAGCUUCGCGGGAAAAACCACCCCGUCGCGAUUCCACGUCUCCGUUCCAGACACCAAACUGGCCGAGCUGCAGAAGCUCGUCCGCCUGUCGCCGCUCGCACCCGCGACGUACGAGAAUCAGCAGAGCAACCGCCGGUACGGAGUGUCUAGGGAGUGGAUGGCUGAGGCCAAGGCGCGGUGGGAGAAGUUCGACUGGCGCCGGUGCGAGAAGCACAUCAAUUCCUUCCCGCAGUUCAUGAUCCCAAUCCGGACUGUCCUCGACAACGACUCCGUUGAACUGGAGAUCCAUUUCGUGGCGCUGUUUUCGCAGAAACGGGAUGCGGUGCCGUUGAUCUUUCUGCAUGGGUGGCCUGGUAUGACUCCUCCAGACGAUACAAAGAAAAGGAACCUACUGAUCCGUACGUUUUUUUUUGUAGGCAGUUUCCUAGAAUUCCUCCCCAUCCUCUCCCUCUUCAGAGACGAGUUUGCCCCGGAUAAUCUCCCGUAUCAUAUCGUCGUGCCCUCCUUGCCUGGGUACGCGUUCUCGUCGCCUCCACCGCUGGACAGGGAUUUUCAGAUCCAGGACGUUGCCCGCGUGAUGAACGCGUUGAUGGUGGAGUUGGGGUUCGGAAACGGCUAUGUCGCGCAGGGAGGUGAUAUUGGAAGUAAGGUUGCGAGGGUGAUGGCUGCUGAGCAUGAUGCUUGUAGAGCUGUUCACCUCAACUUCUGCAUCAUGUCCCAGCCCAAAAACAUCGAUACAAACCAGCUCGAUGACAUCGAGCGGCAGGGCAUGAUGCGAUUAUCCGAGUUCCACCGGCUAGGAAGUGCGUAUGCGCUCGAACAAGCCACGCGGCCGAGCACGAUCGGUCUUGUACUGUCAUCAAGCCCGUUGGCGCUGUUAGCAUGGAUAGCAGAGAAAUUCCUCGACUGGACAGACGCUGAUCCCCCGACGGACCUGAUACUGGAGUCUGUGACGCUCUACUGGCUGACAGAGACAUUACCUCGGUCGAUUUAUCCAUAUCGGCAGCUCUUCACCCCCGGCACCGUCAGCGCACACGAAAAACCGCAGUGGUACAUCCACAAGCCCUUUGGCUACUCGUGGUUUCCGAAGGAACUGGCGCCCAUUCCUCGUAGCUGGGCGGCUACGACGGGGAAUUUGGUGUUUUAUCGAGAGCAUACUCAGCUAAUUGACGUGGCUAACUCGCAGGGAGGCCACUUUGCGGCGAUGGAACAGCCCUCGACGCUGAAGAAGGAUGUGUGCGAUUUUAUUGCCAAGAAAGAGAGAGAACAUGGAUUCGCUGAGAAGCGAAUACUGACAGUUCUUUUGGUCGAGUCUGUAACAAAAUACUCCAUAGCCUUUAUCAGUCAGUAUAAUAGUAUAAUAGUAAUAGUUAUUGUAGCUUCUGUCAUGCCAUCAACUACUGGAGGUUUCGAGACAUCUAAGGGCGAAAAAGGGGGAAAAAAAACGGAAUUGCCAAUACGGAAGAUGGAAGAAUUACCGUUUAUGGCAACUCUCCAUCUUUUCUUUCUCCCAUCCCAUCCCGACGCUACCAAACAGAACACCUCGCAAGAAAACACUCACUCACUGCUCACUCACUAA